AUGCCAAAACACAUUAUCUUCGACGUGGUCGGCACCUGCGUCUCCUUCGACGCCUACUUUGCCUCCAUCGCCGACACAAUCGGCCCAAAACUCACAACUUAUGGAAUCACCCCCAAGCACUUCGGGUACACAUGGAUGACCGCCGCGGAGCUCGAAUUCACCUUCCUGUCCAUCUCCGAAUCUUACCGCCCCUAUAAAGAUGUCAUGCGCGCGCUCUUCUACCGCAGCCUCUUCAUGGCUGGCGUGGCCAACCCACGCUCAGCCUUCACAGAUGAGGAGCGAGACGCAUGUAUACGCGGCUAUGCUUCUCUGCAGCUGCGUCCUGAGCUUGUGACUGCGUUUGAGAGAUUGCGGAGCGCGGGGUUUGAGGUUUGGUGUUUGACUACGGGGGAUGUGGAGCGUGUCCGGGGGUAUUUUACGCGGGCCGGGGCCGAGAUGCCGGUGGAGAGGGUGUUGAGUUGUGAUGGGUUGAGGGUUGCGAAGCCGGCGCUGGGGGCUUAUCGGGCUGCGCUGGAAAGGGUAGGAGAUGGGGAGAGGUGGUUUGCGGCGGCGCAUUUGUGGGAUGUGUCGGCUGCGGUGAGGGCGGGGUUUCGGGGGGCGUAUUGUAGUGUGCUUGAGGGUGAGGGCUGUUGGGAGGUGUUUGAGAGGGAGAGGUUGGAGGUUGUGGUUGAGGGGUUGGUUGAGAUGGUUGACGGAGUGAUAUCUUUGUCUAAGUAG